UCAAGUUGGAAAUGGAGCAGCAAUGUCGGGAGGUGAGAGGACGUCUUUGGGAAGGCCUCCAGAGGGGAGAUUUGGUUCAAAUGAUGAAUCAGAUGACAAUGAGUAUCAGACACCUUCACAUUCUUUGCCCAAAGAUUCUAAACCCUUGCUGAGGAUCAAGUUCAAGAAACCUGGCAUUGAAAAUCAAAAUUUGUCUUAUUGGGAGGGGAUGAGUGUGAUCAAGGGUCAGAGGUCAAAAAGGAAGAGACCUUCACCAUUGACGAAUAAAGCAUCUCUCCAUUACGAGGACGUAACGCAUUCAAAUCAGAACACUCAAAUGGAUGAAAUAAUGGAUGCGAACUGGAUAUUGAUGAAAUUGGGUAAAGAUGCAAUCGGCAAGAGAGUUGAAGUUCAUCAGACAUCUGACAAUUCUUGGAACAAAGGAGCAGUCACUGGCAUAAUUAAAGGUACUUCAAAGCUUAGUGUUGCCUUGGAUGAUGGGACAGUGAAGAUGUUAGAUCUUAACAAGCAAGCGGUCCGAUUUGUUCCUCAGAAGCACAAGAGUUCAAAAGCUUGAAUGGCUCGGCUUGUCUCUUUACCCUCAAGAGACAUUUGUACAUUUGGGCAGUAUGUAGGUUGUAGUUGAUUGGAUUGAAAAUUAACUAUAAGUCCUUUGAAUUU